AUAUACAUAUUACUUGUUUUCGCUGGGGGACCGCUCCUGGAAAGCUCUCGGACAGACGCGGCCCUCUAUUCCUAGCUUACCAAGCGAAAUCACUUAAUAUUGAUUAUAGCUACUGUACCGUUGAUUAACAUCGCGGAAGCACCGCCCGAAUCGCGAGCUAUGGCUUGCGCUUUGCUAGCUGUGCGAAAUGGAAGGCGUUAUGCACCGCUUUUGGCUCUUCAAGCAUGCCAUAGAACAUCAACUGGCGGUGUAGGGCAGACGGGGCGGGGCUCGCCCUGUCCCGCCAACUUCCGCUCUUUCGCAAAGCUUGUCGCCUUCCCGCUCGCCCAGACUGGCGAGGGCAUCAGCGAGUGUGAGCUUGUGUCCUGGUCCGUGAAGGUGGGGGACGCAGUGGCCGCCUUCGACAAACUGUGCGAUGUGCAGAGUGACAAGGCAUCCAUCGAGAUCACCUCGCGCUACUCGGGCCGUGUGGUCGCGCUGCACCACCCGACGGGGGCGGUGGUCAAGGUGGGCGCGCCCCUGUUGGAUCUGGAGGUGUCGGACGACACGGCUGUAGCACCCGAGCACCUGGCGGCUGUAGCAGGAGCAGGGGGAGGGGCAGGCGGAGCGGCAGUAGCAGGGGGAGCGGCAGUAGCGGAGCGCGCUGCCACCAGCAGCACCAGCACGACCAGUGCUACUGCCACCAUAACGGCAGCCGUGGUGGCUGGCGACGCGCCUUCAGGGGGGCCGCCGGCGGCGGCGGUGGUGGCUGGGGUAACCGUGACACCACCGCAGGUGCCACUGACGGCGCAAGUGCAGCAGCAGCAGCAGCCAGUGGCAAUGACCACCGCCGCUACUCCGUCGUCGCAGCCGCCGCUGCCGCCGCCCGGGGGCGCGGUGCAUGCGUCACCAGCCGUGCGCGCCCUAGCCAGGGAGCUGGGCAUUGAGCUGUCGGCAGUGACCGGCACGGGCCCCGGCGGCCGCGUCACGAAGAACGACGUACUCCGCACGAAGGACGACCUGGCGGCGGCGGCGGCGGCGGCGGCUGGUGGCGGCGGCAGCGCCGCCGCCGCCGCCAGUGAUGCCGGCAGUGGCGGCAAUGGCGGCGCCGCCGCCUCGGGAUCACGGAACGCGCACCCACAUGGGCAACCACACAACCACCACAACCACCACCAGCGCAGUCUGGCGGAGGCGGUGGCGCAGUACCAGCGGCUGACGGCGGCGGCCGGCGGGGUGGCGGCGGGCGGCGCGGCGGCGGCGGCAGUGGAUGGGUCUCAGCCUACGGUGGUGCCGCUGCGGGGCUAUCGCCGCGCCAUGGUCAAGAGCAUGACUGCGGCGGCGGCACUGCCCAACUUCCACUUCCAUGACGAGGUCCUGGUGGACAGGCUGCUGGCGGUGCGGGCGGCUCUAAAAAACGACCCAGGACUGAAGGCACAGGGCGUGCGACUGACGCUGCUUCCCUUCCUCAUCAAGGCCCUGUCCGCCGCCCUCACCCUACACCCGCAGCUCAACGCCAGCCUCGCCCCCAGCGGCACUGACCUACUUCUGCACGCCAAUCACAACAUUGGCGUCGCCAUGGCCACCCCCUCGGGCCUGGUGGUGCCCAACAUAAAGCAGGUCCAGCGCAAGUCGCUGGCUCAGGUGGCUUCGGAGCUGAGUCUGCUGCAGCAGCUGGCGGCGGCGGGCAGGCUGCCGGCUGAGGCGCUGGCGGGCGGGACCAUCUCCGUGUCCAACAUAGGCACCAUUGGCGGCACCUACGCCACGCCACUGGUCUCUCCCCCCGAGGUGGCCAUCGUGGCCCUGGGCCGGCUGCAGCUACUGCCGCGCUACCCGCCCGCCGCCGCAGAGGCGGCUGUAGCAGCCGCAGCCGCAGCCGCAGCCGCAGGCGGCGGCAGUGGCGGCGGGGGUGUGGUUGGGCCGGCACUGAUGCCGAUGCCUGUGUCAGUGAUGCCGGUCAGCUGGGGCGCCGACCACCGGGUGGUUGACGGUGCGGCGCUGGCGGCCUUCAGCGGCAGCUGGCGGCAGCUGCUGGAGACGCCGGAGCGGCUGCUGCUGGGCGCGGUGUGAUAGGCGGUGGUGGUGGUGGUGGUGGUGGGCGCGGCGUGAUAGGCGGUGGUGGGCGCGGAGGUUAACUCUGAACAUCCCGUAAGGAAACAGUCGCUCUGCAAGGAGAAACUGCAGCCGGGGGGCGGGAGUGGGGUGCGGCAGUGAGGGCAGGCGAGGGAGGAGCGCGGUACACAUGGAGGCAGGGAGGAGGGUGGAGAGAAAGGCGGGGAGAAAGGGUGUGCGUGGGUUGGGUUGGGUCGGGUGGGUAUGGAGCUGUGGACAGUGAGGCAGCCUGCAAUCGCACAAGCUGCAGCUGGGGGAGUGGUGCGCCAGGGGAUUGCCUCACACACGUCAGGAGCGGCUGGGUGGUGCCCGGUGGCGUGCAUCUGUGUGUGCGCGCGCGCGCGCGUGUGUGUGUGUGUGUGUGUGUGUGUGUGUGUGUGUGUGUGUGUGUGUGUGUGUGUUUUAAAGAGCA